CUGUAAACAGUGUCAUGCGCAGUGACGCCCUCCGGCCGCUGGGUGACGCUGCAGGUGUUCACAACCUGCGUCACUUCCUGUUUCCCGGUGACGUGGAGCUACCACAUGCUACAACAACAUGCUACAACAACACGCUGCUGUUUGUUGUCCUUUAACUGAAACGUUUCAGUGUUUGUUGUCCUUUAACUGAAACGUUUCAGUGAGAAAAGUUGUAUUUUAAAAGUGUUUCUCUGCUCUUCUUCCUCCUCUUCUUCGUCGGUUCAGCGGGAACUUCGCAGUCGAGAUGCCCGUCCUGUGCAGCAGCUGCGUGGACAAGCGCGCCGUGCUGAAGCGUCCGAAGACGGGCCACUCGCUGUGUAAGGAGUGCUUCUUCUGGGCCUUCGAGGAGGAGGUGCAUCAGACCAUCCUGACGGCGAAGCUGUUCAAACACGGCGAGACGGUGGGCAUCGCCGCGUCGGGCGGGAAGGACUCCACGGUGCUCGCUCACGUGAUGAAGCUGCUGAACGAGCGAUACGACUACGGCCUCGAACUCAUGCUGCUGUCGGUGGACGAGGGGAUCACGGGCUACCGGGACGACUCGCUGGAGACGGUGAAGAGGAACCAGCAGCAGUACGAGCUGCCGCUGAAGAUCGUGUCGUACGAGGAGCUGUACGGCUGGACCAUGGAUGCCAUAGUGCAGCAGGUCGGGCUGAAGAACAACUGCACCUUCUGUGGGGUGUUCAGGAGGCAGGCGCUGGACAGAGGAGCCGUCAUGCUGAGAGUGGACAAGAUCUGUACAGGUCACAAUGCCGACGACGUGGCGGAGACCGUUUUGAUGAACGUCCUGCGGGGAGACAUCGCUCGCCUGCGCCGCUGCACCGCCAUCUCCACGGCCAGCGAAGGUGACGGAGUCGUGCCGCGCUGCAAGCCGCUCAAAUACGCGUACGAGAAGGAGAUCGUCCUGUACGCGUACUUCAAGAAGCUGGACUACUUCUCCACCGAGUGCAUCUACUCUCCCAACGCCUACCGCGGCUACGCCAGGACCUUCCUGAAGGACCUGGAGAGCGUCCGGCCCAGCUCCAUAAUGGACGUCAUCCACUCGGGGGAGAACCUGUCUGUGCGGGAGGGGGUGAGGAUGCCGGUGCAGGGGACCUGUAACCGCUGCGGGUACAUCUCCAGCCAGGCUCUGUGCAAGUCCUGCGUGCUGCUGGAGGGGCUGAACCGAGGUCUGCCGAAGCUCGGGAUCGGCAAACACCACCGCCUGCACGACAAAAUCCUCUCGCAGACGCCGCUCACCGAGAAGGAGGAGAGGAAGCUGAGACCAGUCGACUUUUGACGAAUAUUAUCCCCAUUUUUAUUUCCCAAAAGACUGAAGAUAGAUCAUGAAUUUUAGAAUGAACCACAUUUGUUGUCUUUUACUUAUUGUGUUCCUUUAUCAUCAAUUCAAUAUUUAUUAAAUGUUUCUAUAGAAUAUUGUAAUUCAGUAAAACCUCCAUUCACUGCUGCUUUAACGGAUCCCUCUAGGAUUUUGGUUUUUUAGCCAUUUUUUGUAAUGAAAGUGCAGGAAAAAGUGAAAAAUGCAGGUUUUUUUGGUCCGGUAAUAAAAAAUCAACCUCAAAUAGUUCCAGUGAGAAUAAAAACUAUCCAACGACUGCAGUUGUUUCUGUAUUACACACAUAUUACAACAUGCACCGUGAACCAGGAAAUGUUGAGUUUUCUGUUAGAGAUGUACAGUUUGGGUCAAUUAGAAUAAUUAGCGUUAAUAAUCAUAUAUGGAGCGACUGAUUUGGACAAUAUAAGAGAGGUUCAGGGGGUUGUUGGGAUGCUGAAUUUAUUUCUGACAUUUUCAAAAUACAAAAUGAACUUUUUAAAGCACAUUUCAGCUCCUGAUGGGCUGAUUUAGAUUAAUUCAUUUUGAGGUUAUUUAUGUGCUUGGACCUGCUUUUUAGAAUCAAUAAAGCUCAGUGUCAUCAGUGUCAGUGUCCACAGUGCUUCAGUUGUGGUGUUUGUUUUUUGUCAACCUGUGUUUUUGCUGCUGCGGUUCUCUAUUAAUCAUAUAAAUAACCUUAAAAUGAAUCAUAAUCAGGCCUCCAGGAGUUUAAAGGUCCAUUGAAAUGGAUUCACCAUCUUCAAUAAUGCCCCAAACCCACUCCUAUAAUGCUGAAAUAUUAUCUGUAUAGCUGAUUAUUAAUGCUAAUUCUGCAAAUUGACCUGAUCUGUCAGUUCAUGAAAGCACUUCCAGUUCCCAGUGUGGCUCCGGUGGCUGGUAAAUAGGUUAUAAGGACAGGAGAUGGUAGAAAUGUUUGGUUUUUAAAGAAACCACCGCAGUGUGUCAGGUGCAGAGACAAACAGAGAGGUAGCUUCCACUGCAGUGAACUCUCUCUGAUGUGUUAUUGCUUUAUUUUCUGCUCCCUCUGUUUGUCCCAAUGCACCGAACUCUGGGGAGGACACGAUGACGGCCACAUUCCAAUAUGAACUAUAAUUUAAUAAAUGCAUUGUCCUUUA